AUGACCCCAAAUAAGUGGAUGACGAAGCUCUAUCAGGCAUUUUCUAAAUAUAAACUCACUAUUUACAUGUUUGGCGAUACUAACCAAUGUGACCCAGUUGAGCCCACGGAUAUGUUUUACGAUUAUUUCAAAUCGGUGCCAAUAACUGAGAUGUGUCCACGACGGGUUGAAAUGAAGUAUAUAGAGGAAUAUGCUCGAUACGACCCACAAACACGGGAUCUGUUAACCAAGUUUCUCAAGAGUGGUAGUAUCAAACACCAAUUUCAACCACCACAAGAUAGUUACUAUAAUAUUUGCUAUCUGAAUAAAACAAGGCGGCAUGUCACGCAAGAAUGCUGUAAUAGAUUUACUGAAAAUAAAGAAUAUUAUGAGAUCGAUUUUAAGUAUCAAGGACACCGGGAAAAGUAUAAAGUAACAACCAGAAUGCCAAUGUUAGUGACACAAAAUAUGCGCAAUAAAGAUAUGUUUAAUAUGGAGCAGUACAACAUUGACAAUGUUGAGGAAAAUGAAGACGGUAAUCUCAAUUUUAUUCUUAAUGGUACAAUAUUCAGUCACAGUGACUUUUGCGAAUCUUUUAUACCAUCAUUUUGUGUUAAAGUGUAUAAAUAUCAGGGAGGAACAAUAAGCACCCCAUAUAAUAUUUAUGAUGUGGAGAAAAUGGACAAGAAACAACUCUAUACUGCGUUAUCCACAACAACUGAAUUGAAUCACAUCCAUCUCGAUACAACAAAAUUGAACCCCAAAUACGAAAUCAGAAUGCCGCCGCUAACUGUUACAGUAAAUAGUUACUUCAAUGACGACUACCAUAGUGGGCAAAUAUAUAAGAUCACAUUCGAACACAACAAUAAAUUGUAUAUUGGUAGCUCUAUCAGAAAUGUACAAGAACUGCUUAAUGAACAUGUGACCACAAAAUCAAGUGCAAUAUAUCAAUACAAGGGUGACAAUCCAACGAUCACACCAAUGAUACGCGCACCUUGUAAGGAUCGUCAAGAAUUAAACAGAGUGGAAGCCGAAUGUAUCAGAUAUUAUAGUGUAAAAUAUGGGGACCGUUUACUCAACAAACAAUCAGUCCCUAAACAGACGGUCAAAAUUGAAUACAAACAUCAAGCGCAAAUCGAGACAGAAAAUCAAUUGCGCGACCGUCUGCGCCAGAAAUUUGGUGAUAAACUCAAAAUCAAGGAUGAUCCCAUGAAUAAGCUACUAUACUACGAUGUUAAGAUUGAUGGCAAACGUUAUAGAUCAGUUGCUAAAUACAAAAAACAGAUCAAAGAGGAAGCAUUGACAAAGAUUACCGCUAAGCAACAACAAUUGAUCGGUGACUUGACAAUCCAAUGGGAAUAA